AUGGCGACGUCCAACUCGACCUCGGCCGCUCCCAAGCAGGAGCCGCUGGACGCCCUGCAGUCUCUCAUCAACGAUGUUCUCGUGCAAACUGGAAAGGCUCUGCGGGCAUCGCGCAAAGACUCUCGGGGGAAUCUGACACACGUCCCUGGCACGUCGCAGUCCAAGCUGCCGGAAACUAUCAGGCUCUUUCACAACGCGCUGGACGAGCUUGAAGUGGAAAUUAUUGAGGCCAAGUCAGUCUUACUCAGAGAUCUAAAUGAGCUACAAGAGAGGAAGAAGAAGCUCUUGGCUCAGACACAAACCACCCCCCAGCAGCCCAUAACCAUUGAUAUCCCAUCCGCAUCGCCCGAACCCAAGGACGAGCCCAUGGCCGACAGCAUAGACGUGAAGCCCAUGGCGCCAUUCCCAAACAUGAGCAUCAACCUCUCAGAGGCCGACCACAUGGACAUUUCUGCCAAGGAGCCCAAUGGCCAGCAACAGCAACAGCAACCACCGCCACCCGGCGGCAUGAAUGGAAUGAGCGGAAAAGCCAGCCCGGCCUUUGCCUCUCGACUGCCCGCUGGAGAUCACAAGCCGACUCUGGACAUGCUGCCUGAAACCACCGGCACAAUCCAACCUCCUGCAAAGACAGAGCCUUCCGGCAUGAACUUUACCAACAUGGAAUUCACCCUCGCACCGCCGAGCAACGAAGCUUCUGGCCAGACGACUGCAUCAUCCAAGGAACCCUUCUUUGACCUGACUACCUUUGCUCCGGCUGAUGGCGGCGACGAACUCUUGAAUCUCAACAAUCUCUUACCUGACCAGCCAUCAGCUGGCAACAAUGGCAACAAUGGCAACAACAACAACAACCAGCCGUCAAUCUCAGCCGCCGCCCAUAGCAUGUCGAUCCCCAACGCCAACGCCGCCGCAAAAGCGGAAGAACAGAAAUUCGACACCAACCUCAACACAGAGUUCUUUGGCAACGAGUCCGGAGCCGCUGACGGCAUGGACUUUGACUUUAGCCUGGGCGGCUCGGGAGACGACACCUUUGACGACCUGAUGAACAACCGCGAUAGCAACUUUGAGCUUAUGGAUGCGGGCGGCGACUUUGACUCUGCCUUUUUUGGGCUUGACAAGCCAGACGAGACUGCAUCUUGA